CCCGCCUCACCCGCCGAAACUGCCAGAAAUCUCGCGAUGGAGGGAGGAGGUGCACCCCCAGAAACACCUGAAGAAGAAAGGCAGCCAGGAUAUGUUCUACCUACAAGUCUUGAAGCCAACAAUUUGAAGACAAACAAUUGGGGGUUCCUAUUUCCUGGGAUCAUUGGUGGGACACUGGUGGCCUUAUAUGCAGUGGCCACACCGUUUAUAACGCCAGCCCUCCGGAAAAUCUGUUUGCCUUUUGUACCUGCGACGACAAAGCAGAUUGAAAAUGUAGUGAGAAUGUUGCAGUGCAGAAGAGGAUCCCUUGUAGACAUUGGUAGUGGCGACGGGCGCGUUGUAAUAGCAGCCGCAAAGGAAGGAUUCACAGCAGUUGGUUAUGAAUUGAACCCGUGGCUGGUUUGGUACUCCAGAUACCGCGCUUGGCGAGAAGGGGUGCAGGACUCUGCCACAUUUUAUAUUUCAGAUUUGUGGAAGGUUACUUUUUCGCAGUACUCAAACGUUGUUAUUUUUGGUGUGCCUCAGAUGAUGCCACAAUUGGAGAAGAAACUUGCUCUUGAACUUGAGGAAGAUGCUAGAGUCAUUGCUUGCCGGUUCCCUUUCCCACACUGGACUCCAGACCAGGUUGCGGGAGAGGGGAUAGACACCGUGUGGGUGUAUGACAUGAGCGCUCUCAGAGGGCGUGGAAGAGGUCCUGAGGAUCCGUGCAUUUCCUGGUGGUCAUCCAGUUAGAAAAUCUCCUGGGAGUGUUUUGAGUGUUGGUGGUCUUUGGGUUUGUAGAGAGCUCCAGCUGUGUCUUCCACAAAGAGUGUACUUUUCUUUGGUAUGGAAUGAGAAAUUACCAUUGCCUUAACUUUUGGAGACAACAAACAAGAACAGCAGGUAGAUUUAAAGUCCUUUUUCAUGAGAUGUGCUGAAAGAUAUGCUCACUACUGUUUCAUGUUUCAUGCACUUGGAUGUAUGAAAAUACAAAUAAAUGAUGGUCUUGUUGUUGGGCAGGCAAGAUGUCAACAGCUCUUCACAUUAUUAAAAAUAUGAUUUAAUGCCACAGAUGUUUGCAGCUUUCUAUAACUUUCUUCAUACUUAAGAUCUCUCUCUGUCUUUUGUACUUCACAGCAAAAUUAAUUUUCUAACGGACUUAGGCAUUCAUAUUUUAUAACAUUUAUUGGGACU